ACCCCUUUCUGUACAGCAACAACGCGCGAGAACAGUCAAACACGCAGUCAAACACACACACAUACACACACGCACACACAUACACACACUCAAACGCACGCACACACACACACUCAAACGCACAUGGCGAUAAGCGCGAGCGAAAUGCUGCUGCGGGUGGCCACGAGCCGGCUGACGGUGCCAAAGAUGAGGUUUGCAGCCGUGCUGCAUGGCGUGGUUGGCCUCAUCAUUUUGUUGGCGUGCCACAUGUUGGUGACAACGCGGAUCGCAGGCAAGAUCCAAUACGCGCGCACGCAGACGGCCGAGUUGGCGCGUGAGCUGGAGUCCCUCAAUAACCAGCUCGAGGCGUUGGAGGGAGAUACGGCCAAGCUUCAAAUUCGAGCAGCAGACGUCAACAAGCGCAUUCAAGAAUGGUCUGCACAGCGAAAGCAGCGCGCCCACAAGCAUGGCCAUGCGUCAUCACAGCACAUCGUGGUGGGGGCAGAGAACGUGCAUGAGGUGGAGUUGCAAGGAUUUCAGCGCAACCGCGUAGUCAUGGAUGGUCCGUACUGCACCCCAAUGACCGCGCCCAAGAAGCCCCUGCCCAAGUUUGUCUUCGUCGCCGGUGUCGAGGGAAGUGGCCACCACGCCCUGCUGUCUGUCUGGGAAAAGCUGAAGGAAGACUCCGUCCCACUCGAGCUGAUCGUGUACGACCAAGUGUUUCACCAGCUUGGCGUUGAGAACCACGCAUCCUACCACUACUCGCGCAUCUCACUUGAGGAGCGCGAGGCAGCCAUGCGUCCGGUCUUCGAGCACGCAGCGCAGCGUGGCGCCACCGUCAUCGACGCGCAAAACUCGUAUCCCAUGGGCCAGUUUGCAGGGAGUCUGGCACAUCCAGACCUGCUGCAGCUGGCGAAGCUUGACGGGAAGCUGUUUGACCUGCGCGUCAUUGUGCUCUACCGCAACCCCACAGACGCCGUCCUAUCCGCUGUGCGCCGCUUUCGUUCGGAGGACGGCCCGUCAAAGUACAAGAACUCGCAAUUCCAGGCCCGCAUGGUUGCAGAGAGCCUGGUCGCCAUCAACAACGCCCUGCCGCAUCUAUCGUGUGGCAAAUGGACGAUGUUGCAGUAUGAGGACUUUGUGCACAACCCACGCCUGCUUGCCGGGCCCUUUGCGAGGCUACUUGGACUUCCCAAAUCCGCCUUUGACUCGAGCCUUGCUAAUGUACACGCUCCACCAAAGCGUACGCUGACGCACGCGGUGCAGGAGGAACAACGGCUGCUUGACGAGUUCUUCAGCAGGCAGGCAGUGCUGUGGCCGUUGCUUGCAUCUGCAGCCAAGCAAUCAACGACGGCACCAUAGCAACGACGUGGGAGAGAAAGAGUGAAAGUGGGCGAGUUUGUUUGCGUGUGUGCGGUGUGUGAUUGUGAGUGAGUGAGUGAGUGAGUGAUGAGUGUAGGGAUGUAGGAAUGCGUGUGUGUGUGUGAAGGUGAGUGAAUGUAGGCACGUGCGUGUGUGCGUGUGCGUGUGUGCGCGUAUGCGUGUGUGCGUAUGCAGGAUGGAGCCGACUGUCCCUUCUAGUGUAUCAUGUGCCUUCUUCUUGUUCAAAGCUGCAUCGCCACCGUGCAGACCUGUUCAUACUUUCGCCUGUCUAUUGCUAUGUCCGCCGCUUGGCUCUCCGCAUUCUCUCACGUGCAGUGACGUGUUCUUCGAGCCUGCGCGGCCGUCCUAGUCAAUCCUGCACAAUAACUGACAAUGGCAUGUCCUGAUUACAUCUACAUUCUGCACUCAUCAUGCUUUGAAGCUUGCUUUUUGGUCCUCGCUCCGUGUACAACGAAACGAAAGCGGAAAGAAACAC